AUGGCGUCCAAUUCCAUGCACAACCUGACGACUCUUAUUAAGCGGCUUGAGGCAGCCACGUCUCGCCUCGAGGAUAUUGCCCAGUCGUCAUUCGAAGCCCCUCAAGUCGCCCCGACCGUUCAACAGCAAGGUUCCGCCCCUAAGCUUUCGGCGCCCCCGCUGCCCGGGUCCCCCCAAACCGCGAUAGGACCGAGCCCGCCCGCCCCCGCCCCAGCGCCGGAGCCUACCCCCGAGGUUAUCGAAAAGUUUGACGACCUCAUCAACCAACCCCUUGCGAGCUGGGCCAAACUCAGCAAUGAUAUUGGGGGUCUGGUUGCUAAGCAGGCCGCCAAGGUCGUCGAGGCGUUCGAGGAACAGCGCAAAUUCCUGCUCAUCACCACCAAGGCCAAGAAGCCCGACCUCUCUGGGUCCGUUUUCCAGGACCUGGUGAAGCCCAUCGGCGACCUUAUGUCCACCAUUAUCCAAAUCAAAGAUGACAACCGCGCUGACAAGUCAUACAACAACCUCUCCGCCGUGUCCGACAGCAUCAUGGUCCUGGCUUGGGUGACGAUCGACACCAAGCCCUUCAAACACGUGGAGGGAAGCCUUGGGUCUGCCGAGUUCUGGGGCAACAAGAUCCUGACGGCAAACAAGAACAAGGAUGAGCAGCAGGUCGAAUGGGUUAAGGCUUACUACCAGGUCAUCCGUGAUCUCGCUGAGUAUGUCAAGACUUACUGCAAUGACGGCCUUCCCUGGAACCCGAAAGGCGUACCCGCCGUUGAAGCAGCCAAGUCGGUCAACGCGGCAUCCGCCCCUGCUGCUCGCGCGUCGCCCGCACCACCAGCCGCGCCUGCUGCCGGUGGGGCUCCUCCUCCCCCUCCACCCCCGCCGGGCCCGCCGCCGGUUCUCAAUAUCGACGAGAAAAAGGCCGACCCAGCUGCCGCCGGAGGCCUUGGCGCCGUGUUUUCGGAGCUCAAUAAAGGCGAGGCGGUUACCAAGGGUCUCCGGAAGGUGGACAAGUCGCAGAUGACGCACAAGAACCCAUCACUGCGGGCCGGGUCGACCGUCCCAGAACAGAACGGCUCGGCGCGCGGUAAGAGCCCCGCGCCGCCAGGCACGAAGCCCAAGCCGGAGAGCAUGCGCGUCAAGAAGCCACCCAAGAAGGAGCUAGAGGGCAACAAGUGGACAAUCGAAAACUUCGAAAAGUGGCCCUCACCCAUCGAGAUCGAAGUGUCGCUCUCCCACUCGGUGCUCAUCUCCAAGUGCAACGAAGCGACCAUCAUCCUCAAGGGCAAGGCCAACGCGGUCACGGUCGAGAACACCAACCGGGUCUCGCUCGUGGUCGAGUCGCUCGUGUCGAGCGUCGACGUGGUCAAGUCCAACAACUUCGCCCUGCAGGUCAUGGGCGUCAUCCCCACUGUGCUCAUGGACCAGGUCGACGGCGCCCAGGUCUACCUCAGCAAGGAGAGCGCCGCCACCCGCCUGUACUCGAGCAAGUCCGCCAGCAUCAACCUCAACGUGCUCACCGGCUCCGGCGAGGAUGAGGACUACAAGGAGCUUCCUCUGCUCAGCCAGAUCUGCUCGUGGUGGGAUUCUGAGAAGGGCGAGGCUGUGAAUGAGAUUGUUUCUCAUGGCGCGUGA